UCCCGCCCGGCGCGGCCAUGGGGACGCAGCGCUGGGGGCCGCGGGGGCUGGCGCUGCUGCGGGGCCUGGCGCUGCUGUGCGGCUGUGCCGGCCUGGGGCUGGCGCACCUCGCCGCCACGGCUCCACCGGCACCCGCGCAGGCGUGCUCAGAGUUUUCCCAGAGAUCUUGUGAAGAAUGUCUAAAAAAUGUUGCGUGCCUUUGGUGUUAUACCAACAACACUUGCAUUGAUUACCCUGUAAGAAGUAUUAUUCCAUCAUCAUCACUAUGUUCCCUCUCAAAGGCUCGAUGGGGAGUUUGCUGGAUAAACUUUGAGGCUUUAAUUAUUGCGAUAACUGUAGUAGCUGGGCUCACUCUGGUGUCCAUAGCAGUCUGUUGCUGUUACUGCUGUUACUGCAGAAGGCGUUCCAGGAGUAGACCAGAUGAAGAACAGCUAGCUAGAAAGAGAGAAGAACGAAAACUACAGUCUCUUCAGAGGAAACAUGAAAGAAAACUGAAGCAUGAUGAAAUACGCAAGAAGUAUGGUCUUCUCCAGGAUUCUGAUCAUCCCUACAGCAGAUUUGAGAAUGAAUAAAGCUGAGCACCUUCCACUAUAGCUGCAACUCCAACUCCAGAAUAUGGAAAGACAGUAUGUUUUCAUUUGUCUUUUUUUUUUCAUAGUAUUUUCUUUCCUGGUUGUAAAAAUAGGAGUGGAUAAAGACUUCAUGAAAUAAAUAUUUCUGUCUUCUACGUAGAUAGAGCUACUUUUUUAAUACCUGCUUUUUGUUUGAAUGUUUGCUGAUUUCUACAGUGGCAUUUAAGUGUGAAGAAUUAUCUAUACUCCUCUUAAAGUUAUAUUUUGCUACUCGACAUAGAUGGCUAAUAGUCACAACUGAGUGUUUGAAUUCAGUCUUAACCACCACUUAUACAGUUGUUCCCAUGUUCCUAAAUGUUUUUCCCUACUGUAUCUUUUAAAUAAAAACAAAAAAAUACAUGGAAGCACAUCUUCACACAGCAGAGACAGCUCAUGUUAACAUUGAUGAGAAAAUACACUGGGCACAUUCAUAAGUAGUACCACAAUGUAAGAAUUUUUCCCUUUAGAAAAAGGUGUUCAAGAGUUUGAUGCCUAAGGGUUGAGAGAAAGGAGUAUGUUUACCUUUGAGUAAUUCAACUCAGUCAUAGAAGUUUUCAUGUGUACUUUGGAUAUAUCACUGAUGUGAAAAGAAUUACUGCAGUUAGCAAAGUUGGAAGAUGGUCAUUCUUGAAGCAUAGUCAUGUGCCUAAAUUUAACAAGAAAUAACCUGUGUGAAUGCAGUCUCCUGUGAGCUUAAUGUAUAAUUAACAAAAAAAAAAAGCCAAAAAAGUUGCCAAGAUUCUGCAGUUUACUAGGGUUCACCCUGGCCAGCAGCUAAACACCACCCUGCUGCUCACGCUCUCCCUACAGUGGGAUGAGGGAGAGAACGGGAGCAGCAGAAGUGAGUGAACUCUUGGCUUGAGAUAACGAUGCUUUAGUACAUGGAAGAAAGGAGGGUACUGCCAUGUUCCAGCUCUGCUCUCCCCUCAGUUUUUGUUGCUGAGCAUGAUGCUGUAUGGCUUGGAAAAUCACUUAGUCCAUUCUGGCCAGUGGUGUCCCCUCCCAGCUUGUUGCCCACCCUUGGCCCACUUGCAGGAGUGGGCAGAGUGGGGAAAAACAAAACCUUGGUGCUGUGCAAGCAAUGCUCAAUAAAAACCAAAGCACUGGUGUGUUAUCAGGACUGUUCUAGCCACAAAUCCAAAGUGAAGCAUCAUACAGGCUGCAAUGAAGAAAGUUACCUCCAUCCCAGCCAGACCAAUACAGAAAGAAAGCAGUAUUUUUGUAACUUUUAGUUGUUUUGGUAUUUCUGUAUGUGAUUUAUUGUCUUUCUUUUCAUAGAGAUGUUUAAUUGAGCAUUUUUACUAGCUUACCAGUAUGACACAAGAAGCAAAGAGCUCUUCCCCCCACUCCCCCGUCUAAUGCAAAUUCCCAUUUAUUAUGUACAGUUUAAAUAAUCUCCCUUGCUACAUAUUAUCAAUUAAACAAAUGUACAGUAUUGAAUGUUAAUGUUAUUUUUUCAAUGUUCCUCAAAUAAACACUUUAACAUCUUUAA